AUGCACUCGUGGGUGAUCACAAGCAUUGCAAUCGCACUGACUGCUUUGGUGACAACUGCCACAGCAACAACAGCAACAGCUGCAACAUCAACCACUGCAACAAUACAGCAACAACACAUCGCUGUAGUCUCGGCUGCCUUAGCGCCACAAACAACAAUACCAAUCCCCACAGACCAGUGUCCACCAUCCAUCAACAAUAUAAUUGGCUUGAAUAAUGAGACGAAUAAUAAAGCGAAUAGCAGCAGCAGCAACAGUGCAGGCACAAGCAACUGCAACAACGACAACAAUACGAACACUAGUAGUGUUGAUGAAAUGAACGAUUGCAGCAGUGGCAGCAACAUGAAUGCCACAAGCAACAACAUUAACAUCCAAAUCAGCAAAAGUGGCGACAACAACAACAUGAAUGGUGAUGGCGAUAGUAGCGGCAUUAUUGGAGGCGGCAGCUAUACUGGCAGUGACAGCAGCGGCAGCACUACAAUCAUCCUUUCUGGCACGAACGGUAGCAGCGCCAGUGGCAGUGGCAGCAACAGUUGCCACAAUAAUCACAAUAAUCAACAGGAGAACAAAAGUGUGGCAACCAUGCAAUGUGGCUUUCGAAUACCCACAGCUUUGCCAGCGGCAACAACUAUGCCAACAAUGUCUAAUGUGACAGCAGCAACAGCAAUGGCAGCGGCUGCAGCGGCAGCCGUGGCAGCCACUGAUAAUUUUAUCAUCUAUCAGCAACAGCAACAACAAAUGCAUAAACAACAUCAGCAACAACAACAACAGUUGCAAGCACAACAGCAACAGCAUCAGCAACAGUUGCUACAACAACAGCAACAACAUUUUGAUGCGGCAAUAAAGACAUACGAACGUAGCGAGCAGCCACAGAGCAUCGACAUGAAUUUCGGAGGUGUUGGAGGUGGUGGUGGCGCAGGUGGCGCAGGUGGCGUAGGUGGAGGUGCUGGCCUGAUUAUGACCGCCGGUGUUGGCGCCGGCACUGGUACUGGCACUGGUGGUAUACUCAGCGUGGGCGGUUGUGCCUCAAGUGCGAUUGGUGGUAUUCAUAGCAACUUGGAGAGCGAAUAUAGCGCCAUGGUCGCAUCGGUGUACGAGCAUGAAACUGCCUUCAGUGAUCGUGCCUACGUAGCCUCGGACCUGACUUGCAUGUACGUUAGCGAUGAGGAGGAUAAAAAUUAGUUUCCGUUGACGAAUUUCAACUAAAGCUGACGACGAAACACUUCCACUAACACACACACACACAAAACAUACAUAAAUGUGUGAGAAUUGUCACACAGAAUUAUAGAAAUCAUUGUGCAAAAAUUCUGGUAUGUAAAUCAUAAGGAAUGUAAAAAUUAGGGCAAGUUUUUCUACAAACGGCCUUUACACAGUAAAGAAUGUGAUUUUGAAAAGCGAAACUUUUUAUAUGUAUGUUUGUGUUAUUGCACGAGAAAAAUAAAAACAUGCAAGUGAAAAAAAAAAUGUAGUGAAAAUCGAGCACUAAAGUGUCGGCUUAGAUAUACAAAUAUACAAACAUACAUACAGACAUACAUAUGUAUAUGCUUAUACAAAUUUAAAUAUAUUUCCUUUCAACAUUUUAAUUAUGUAUGUAAGACAAAUCUAUCUAUUUACUUGUUUAUUUUAGUAUAUUUAAGUGUAAAAUUAGUUAAGGCACUAACAUUCUUACAAACACAUACUUACAUAUACAUAUGUAGUUUUCUAUGCAAAAGCUUUGAAAAUUGGCUUGGCUAGUCGAAGAGCAAAUAAGACGAAAUUCAGGCGGAAAAAUUCGUAUUUUACACGAAAGGACGUACCCUUUCAACUAACUUAUUUUUCAUGAACUCACACAAAAAAAAACUAAUUGGAUUUUUUCCAAAAAGUUUAGCUUUGAAGGCUAAAUAUUUCCACUUUUUUAAUCUUGGAUUUUUCAAA